GGUGAAGGAAUAGCAGGAUUGGCAGCAGAUGUAUCCUUAUUUCCAUUGGAUAUGUUAAAGACAAGGUUGCAGGCGCCGCAAGGAUUCAAGAGAUCCGACGGAUUCAAUGAUGCAUUGGUCCUCAAGUUCUUGGAAGCGCUCCGCAAGGUUCGAGGUUUAUACAGAGGUUUCGGUUCUACGGUGCUACGAGAAGUACCAUUCUCGUUCAUUCGAUUUCCCAUUUUGGAGUACUUCAAGAACGUGUACAGGAUAAAACUGAUAAAUAAUAUUAAUUUGGAACCGUGGGAAGUCGCCAAUUGCGGCGCUGUAGCAGCUUUAUAG